CACAUACCCAGCCAGCUCUCCGCCCUGCUCUGCGCUCAUUCGCUCUCCCCAGCAGCCCGGAUGUAGCGCACAGGACCGCACAGUCCUCCACUCCAAAGAGAUAAUAACAUGGCGCUGGCAGACACAUAACGGUGCUCAUCCCUCUAAUAACAUCAACAGGAACAGACCAAAUACAAGCCGACGGGACAUGUGAGCUCUUCGACCCCCAACACAAGCAGAUCGUAAACAGAGAAAUGCAGAAAUGCCACGCUGUCUCCACAUGUCACAAACGAGCAGAGUUACAGCUGGGACUGAAUCAGGGCAUCUGAAUGAAACUGUUUGCCAGGGUUUUCCAGCAUGUUUGGGAAGAAGAAGAAACGGCUGGAGAUCUCAGCCCCGUCUAACUUUGAGCACCGGGUCCACACGGGCUUCGACCCGCGGGAGCAGAAGUUCACCGGGUUGCCACAGCAAUGGCAGAGCCUGCUGGCCGACACCGCCAACCGGCCAAAGCCCAUGGUGGACCCCUCCUACAUCACCCCCAUCCAGCUGGCGCCAAUGAAGAUAUCUCCCCAGAAAGUCCGGUCGUCUGAAACGCCGUUGCCCAAAACCAUUGUUCGAGGGAACCGGCCACCCAAAGAUGCAUCUAUUAACGGCCUGCUAGAGGAGUUUGACAACAUUUCAGUGACACGCUCCAACUCCCUGCGCAAAGAGAGCCCACCGGGCGUCCAGCAGGCUGGAAUCAGCUCCAAACCUCUAGGCAGCGGACAUCUCGCUGCUCUAGAGGAGAAUGGAUUCAACCACUACUACUCCCGCUACUCGUGCGAUCUGGAUACCUCCAGCAGGGACUUUUCCCUGGAAGCCGGCAAGCCAAGCUUCUCCAUAGAUGGAGACUGGGCUGUUGGGAGGCAUUACCGGUUCACCAAGCAGAAUGGCCAUUCCCACCCCAUCCGCAGCCCCUUCUACCCCGACGCCAUGCCUCAAAAAUCUGACUAUGGGAAGCUCCCGCCAGACUACCACACCUAUUUGGAGAGCAAAGGGCGCUCGGCCGAUGAGGUGGCCUCCACGGUCGGUAGCGGAGUGGGCUCCAGCGGCUACUACCGAGCGUCAGUUGGGGGCUCGUCCAGUCAGGACUACCGGGACACUUCAGUCGGCACGCCUUCCCGGGCCUCUCUCCACAGCGAGCAGAUCAACUACCCGGACAGCGAGUGGAGCUACGGCGGCUUGAGGGACGAAUAUGACAAGAGACCUAAGAGCUCCUACGUGACCCAGACGAGCCCGACACCAGCUAUUAGGCAGCGAUCUAGGUCAGGGUCCGGGUUGCAGGAGCAAAAUGUUCCCUAUGCCACCAGCGGGACUUUGAGGAACCCUCCUCAGGCCCACCCGUACAGCUCCUACACCUACCCUCGUCUCUCCGAGAGUCUUGCCAACUCACAAACGAUAGGCAAGGGUGAUUAUGAGCGUUCAUCGCGUGACGAAAGUCCCCAAGUUGCAGGUGGCGACACCUACCUUCGAGGGCCUCUCAAGCUACCUCAGAGCCACACCAAACCGCCCGGCUACCCACCAGCACACCUUCCUUACCCCCCCAUGUUUCACCAUUACAAGCCCUCUCCGUACCAUCAUCCCCCCUCCCAGCCCAGCCCACCGUACACCCCGCAGGGGGCCUACUCGCAGCCUUCAUCCCCUUACAUACCCCCAGGGGCUUAUCCUCCUCCUUCGUGGGGGUCAAGCUCCGACACGCAGCCUUCCAGAGUCUCCCAUGAGCAGUUCAGAGCUGCACUCCAGCUGGUGGUCAACCCAGGCGACCCUCGGGAAUACCUGGACAACUUCAUCAAGAUUGGCGAGGGCUCCACGGGGAUCGUGUGCAUCGCCAGCGAGAAGCACAGCGGCAAGCAGGUGGCGGUCAAGAAGAUGGACCUCAGAAAACAGCAGAGGAGAGAGCUGCUCUUUAAUGAGGUGGUGAUCAUGAGGGACUAUCAUCAUGAAAACGUCGUGGACAUGUACAACAGUUACCUGGUGGGAGACGAGCUGUGGGUCGUCAUGGAGUUCCUGGAGGGCGGGGCGCUCACCGACAUUGUGACUCACACCAGGAUGAACGAGGAGCAGAUUGCGACGGUGUGUCUGUCGGUGCUGAGAGCUCUGUCCUACCUGCACACACAGGGCGUCAUUCAUCGAGACAUAAAGAGCGACUCCAUCCUACUGACCAGCGACGGCAGGAUCAAGCUGUCAGACUUCGGCUUUUGUGCCCAAGUUUCCAAAGAGGUGCCGAAGAGGAAAUCUCUUGUGGGCACUCCCUACUGGAUGGCACCGGAGGUCAUCUCAAGAAUACCUUACGGGACUGAGGUGGACAUCUGGUCUUUAGGCAUUAUGGUGAUCGAGAUGGUAGACGGAGAACCCCCUUACUUUAACGAGCCCCCUCUGCAGGCCAUGAGGAGGAUACGAGACAACCUUCCCCCACGGCUAAAGGAAUCCCACAAGGUAUCGUCGGUGCUGCGGUCCUUCCUGGACAUGAUGCUGGUGAGGGAGCCGUCGCAGAGAGCCACUGCCCAGGAGCUCAUCCAGCACCCGUUCCUCAAGUUGUCCGGACCGCCGUCCUGCAUCGUUCCCCUCAUGAGACACUACCGCCAUCGUUGAUCUCCUGGCCUAAUCGCGUCCUCUUCCACACUAAAAAAACAAACAAAAAACCACAUGCUUACUCACCCCCCGUUAAGGGUGGCACCGCCCUCAUCCAGUCAAAACAACCUACUGCGUGAUGGCCCGCCACUAACACCUGUAACCGUAAACGUAGAUUAGCUCGAGGAAUAUUUAAGAAGUAUGUUUAUAAAACACAUGCACACAGAAAAGAAGAAGGAGAAGGAGCUAUCGGGACGUUCUGUUGAAGCGUGAGCCGGUUCGCGACGCUGCGCUCUUCUUUCUUCCUAGACUCAAGAGUCUCCAGCUGCACGUAGACUCAUAGUAGCCAUCAGCCUUCCACAGCUUCUGAAGGGUGCACUGAGUUGCUGGCGAGGCAGAAGGACCUAAGUGACCCCCGCUGCUCCAAAGCAGAGCAACAGAGGGCCAAACAAUCAGUGUGACGAGAGAGGCUUCUGACCGCCAUCGGUCCAUCAUUUAGAGAGGGACAGGCUGCGUCCUAGCAGCCGAGGCUAGCGCCGACAAGGUCACUCGCAUCCCUCUCUCUUCUCUCUCACACACAUACACGUCAAAACGCGAAAAUGUAUUUUAGAAAAACCUGUAACAUUUUCUGUACAGUUUUGAUAAUUUGCAGUAUUUUAUCGUGUCGUAACUAUUGUGAUAUGAGCAGUAUUAAAUAGAAUUUCUGCAGAGAUCUUUCCUACUGUUUAUAAUCCAGUUUUUGCUUAAAGAUAUAAGAGAUAUUCCAAAUAAAUCCAGCUAAACCUAACUGUUACUAAAAGUACUUAAUAUAUUUAUGAUCUCAACAUUUGUAGACAGAACUUCCAUUAAAUGUUUGAAAAAAAAAAAAAAGGGUAAUGUCAGAAUUUUCUAUGACAUUUUGAAGUAUUUAUUUAUUUAUUGGAUUUGGGGUGAUAUUUUUUAUUUGUAGUGUGGCCUUUUUUUCUUUUUUUUCUGUUUUUUUUUUUUACUUCAUGUUUUCUCCACGAUUCUUAAUGCACUCGAGCAAAAACAGUGAUAUCAGUUGUUAUGUAAUCCAAGCAAUACCCCAAACCUAUUUGUAAAACUAUCAAGCCCAGCUUUUAUGAUACUGUAACACCAUGAAUUUCAAUGUAGCACAGAUUGUGUGGAUUUGGCAACAAAAAAAAAGAAAAAGAAGGAUAUUCCUUGCCUUUUUUUCUUCUUUCAUAUUAGCUUAAUGGGUUUCCUUAACUACUACUUCGAGUUAGCUUCACACAGAGAUCAGGAUGCUGACAAAAAAAGUCUUACUUUUCACUCGCAUCCUCAUCCCACCUCUGUCUCUUGUCGUCACUGGAACCGUGCUGCCAUUCUCAUCUCCAGUCGAACCAGAGCAACAGUGUAAUCCUCCUCCCUACAUCCCCUUUACCCAUCAGUCACUGUGAUAUGUACAUAUGACUGUGAGCGUGAGUCUGUGUUUGUCGGAGAGCAAAAGAGUCGUGUCUCUGUACAGCAUCUGAAAGCGUGUGCCUGCGUGUCGUGCGCCCGCCCGCUAAUCCUCGACACUGGGUCAACAUCUGAAUGAGUAUACACUGAUUUGUGGUUUUGGCUUGUACAGUGAUAUUGCAUGUUUGUUUUCAGUGAAGCUGGUUUCAAUUAAAAAAAAGAAACGCACAUAAAAAAAAACAAAAAACA